AUGAGCAACAGCUCAAUAAUGGAUGUGCUUACGAACAACAGUUCAAGAAAGGAUUUGCUCCAUGCAGUGCUCACCUCCCCCGACCCUAAGCGUCCCGCCUCGCUAUCUUCAAUUUUCGGACAGCUAAACGAGUAUGGGAUCGACAGCUAUGCCAUCUUUGAUGUUCUGGUGAAUACAUAUGUUCCGCUCUUCGGCAGGAUCAACUUCAAGCUCAGCAUCGUCUGGAGGCAGUUGGGACUCAGCGAUAGACAUCAGCUCAUCCGGGGCUACAUGUCUCAGUGGCAGGCGUGGAACAUCCUAAUAGAAGUAUGCGGCUUAGGAACUAUCCACCAACGACACUUGACUCUUAGUAAACUCAUCAAUGCAAGAGCCUUUGACAUAUGCUUGACAACCUUAAACCAUCGUUUGUUGUUGUUUCGUGGACGAGCGGUACACCUUCUUAGAGCGUCAUGCAGCGAGUCCUUUCUUCCACAAAGACUCCCCUCUCAAGACGUUGCUAUCUUCAUCUCCGCUCUAUGCACCCUUGCGCUUCAAGAUCCGGACACAUUAUAUGGUCAACUAACUGGUCCGGAAUCAGAAAUGCAGUGGAACCUUGCCAAACUUAGUUUUGAAGACCCAUGGAAUAAGAAUGACGAAUCGCGCCACCUAAUGACGAGGCGAUUCUUCGGAGAAUUACAAAUGUUCGCCCUGGAUGCUGCCCGCAUCCUUCUAGCUAUGGGCCUUAAUUCCUCUCCAAGGGCUCGUCUCAAUGUUAUCAAACAUUCGCCAGAGAUAUAUGACUUACUACUCGACUGUGGAAUUCUCGCGCACCUUCACGGAUAUCCGGAGGGGGUGUCAGGGCCAUUGGCCUGCGAGGCUCUAUGCGCUUUCUUCAACUGGCCAGCUGAUACCCUUCCCGGAAUCCCACAUCUCGAGGCUUUGACGACUCUCGGUACGAAAGAUACGAAAGCAAUGAUCCAACUCGGCCAGGCCUGGAUAAACUCUGUAUCUGACUCAGAGGAGACUGAGCGAUGGAUGCGUAGUUACACUGCUACUAAAGCACUUUACAGUAGCUCGCGUUCUCCAUUUACAAAGGAGUUAUACGAGAAUCUUUCCCAGGCAGCCAGUCGUUCUCGCAUAUCUGUUCUCAGAGUAGUCGCAACAUUGACGUAUAACGCCGACGCUGCUGGCAUCAAAAAUGUCGACAUCUAUUCAUUAUUGGAGCUUGCAUAUCAGGGCAGCUUCAAGAUCGUGGCCGGCCCUGACGGGUAUCCUGAUCCUUUCCAUGUGUCUCCCGAGUAUGUUCUCGGCCCGAUAGCUUUUGCUCGCCUUUUGGUGGUGUUGGCACAAAGGAACGCCCUAAACGGUGUACAAUUCCUCCAAAAGUCUCCCCAAGGGCUUUCUUCCACGACAUCUUUGUCCCGUAUUCAACACAUCACCCAUCCUGACAUCAUCAGGCGCUUCAUCAGGAUAUCUGUUGGUCGCAUACGUGAUCGUCUCGCAGAGGCCUACACACUGCGGGACAAGGGCUUCAACGGGGCUUCCGGAGUACCGCACUCAUGCGUUGCUUUUGCGGACGCUGCAGAGCUCGCGGCGGCAGUAGUCGCCUUUGAUAACAUCACAGGCGGUGAUUAUACCCAAGCUGCAUUCCGAGCGCGAUACAUGCUCGUCGUAUGCUUGGGUCAUGUCGCCCAGAUGGCGCUAGAGCUAAAGCAUUACCAACGUGUGUACUUCUGUGCGCUAGCUGCCCUUGAUGUCAAUGAGAAGAGUGCUCGCGACGAGAAAGUUGACAAAAGCCUGGUCAAAGUGUACAAUCAGAGGGCUCAAGAAGCCAAGAUAGCUCUCGGCUUGUGA